AGGCGGCAGCGCCAUGAGCGCUCCCGGCCCCGAUCCCGCCGCGCCCGGCGCCGGCUCCAGCCUCGGCCCGCUGCUCCACACCCUGGGCGACCCCGCCGCCCCGCCGGGAGAGCUGACGGACGCGCACCUCACCAUCGUCAGUCGCUUGACUGGUGAAGGAGGCAGAGCAUUCGCCGCAGAUGUCAGGAAACACUUCCCUCAACUCUGCAAGGUGUUUAAGGCACACAUUUCUAGUCCAAACUUGGAGCUCAGUAAUGCAGCAUUGCAGGCCUUGGGAUUCUGCACUUUUAAUUCAAAUAACACAGCUGAAUUAUCUGCCACUGAAAUCCAGGACCUGCUGUCAGCAGUGAACAGCGUUGCUGUGAAAUCCUCAGACAAAAACACUCGCACUCGGGCACUUUGGGUCAUCUCUAAGCAGGCAUUUCCUCCAGAAAUUGUGAAAAAGGAGGUGUCCAGUAUCCUCUCGACCCUGGAAACAAUCCUGACUAAAGGAGAAGUUCAGUCUGUUGUGGUUGAAUAUGAAGCACUUAAUGUUAUUAUACGCUUAAUGGAGCAAACUCCAGCCCAGAUGGGAGAAGAGGCUGUGAGGUGGGCAAAGCUGAUCAUCCCCCUGGUUGUCCACUCAGCUCACAAAGUGCAGUUAAGAGGUGCCACUGCCCUGGAGAUGGGAAUGCCACUGCUCCUGCAGAAGCAGCAGGAGGUGGCAGCUGUCACCGAGCACCUGAUGACCACAAAAUUAAUUUCCGAACUUCAGAAAUUGUUUUCUACAAAAAACGAGACCUUUGUGUUAAAACUGUGGCCCCUGUUUGUGAGAUUGCUUGGAAAGACUCUGCAUCGCAGUGGCAGCUUCAUCAACUCCCUGCUGCAGCUGGAGGAGCUGGGAUUCCGCAGUGGCUCCCCAGUGGUGAAGAAAAUUGCCUUCAUUGCAUGGAAGAGCCUCAUUGAUAAUUUUGCUCUAAAUCCAGACAUCCUGUGCAGUGCUAAAAGGCUGAAACUGCUGAUGCAGCCCCUGAGCUCCAUCCAUGUGAGGACAGAGGCUCUGGCACUGACCAAACUGGAGGUGUGGUGGUAUUUACUGAUGAGACUGGGACCUCACCUGCCUUCAAACUUUGAACAGGUUUGUAUCCCAUUAAUCCAAAGCACCCUGAGUGUGGAUCCUGCUGCUGCAUUCCCAGGAACGCCCUCACGCCUGCCAAGCAACCCCAGCUUGGGCUCAGCAACCCCUGGGCAGAAAUCAGGUCCUUUCCCGUUUGUGAGCCCAGGCACGCCCAGGAUGGCCCUGAACACCAGCACAGCAGGAGUGGUGCUGUUCCCUUCCAUCCAGCUCCUGGGAAUUGAAAUGCUGCUCCACUUCCUCAUGGGACCACAAGUUGUGGAUUUUGCUAAGCAAAACAAACUGGUUCUUAGUUUAGAGCCUCUCCAGUACCCACUGAUCAGUAGCCCUUCUUUUUUUUGUAAGCAUGCCAGCACUCUGAUAAAUGCUGUUCAGGAUGGCUUUAUUGCAGUUGGAAAAGAAGUUCCUGAUUGUUUGCUGAAUGUUAUCUGGAAGGACAUAAAUGGAUAUGUAAAAACAGCAAUUGAAGCAGGAAACAAGAAAGAAAAGCAAGGCUCAGAAAUACUGACCAUGUUACUCCAGGCCUUAAAAAACACUGUGAGAUCAAAUUCUCUUCCUGUGCAGAAAAUACUGUCCCUCAUUGACAUCACUGUCAAGGAGUUGCCUCCAAAAGUAUUGGGAUCACCGGCUUAUCAGGUUGCUGAUAUGGAUCUUUUAAAUGGAACUCCAGCUUUGUUCUUAAUCCAGCUGCCUUUCCAUAAUAACCUCUUGGAAUGCUGUGUGACAGAUGAGAGAUUCUUUGUGAUUCUGGAAACUCUGGUGGGUUAUGUCCUGUCUGGGCCCACCUCGGCCCUGGCUUUCAGUGAGUCUGUGAUCUGUGUCAUUGACCAGAGUGCAGAGCAGGUGGGGAACAAGGAGCACCUCUGGAGAAUGUGGAGUAUUGUUGUUAAUCCUCUGACUGAGUGGAUUAAUCAGACUAACGAGGUGAACCAGGGGGAUGCCUUGGAGCACAACUUCAGUGCUGUGUACAGUGCUUUGUUGCUGCCAGUAUCCCACAUCUUCCCUGCUCAGGGAUUCCCACAGCCAACUUUGAAAUCCUUGUUGCGCACGUGGUCAGACCUGUACCGAGCUUUUGCUCGCUGUGCUGCUCUAGUUGUAACAGCAGAAGAAAACCUGUGCUGUGAAGAAAUUUGUGCCAAAAUAAUAUCUGGGCUAGAAGGUGAAACUCCAGUAAUGUUUUUCAUGCUGGAAGGCCUCACCCACCUUGUGUCAGUCAUGGUGGACUGCAUCAACUUUGCACCCUAUGGAACUAAAUUCCAGCCAAAAACUAGAUCUCCCCAGACACCCACAGAUUGGGCUAAGAAGAAAAAGGAGCCCCUUGGCAAGCUUGCCUCUCUCUUCAAGCUCCUGCUGAUGCUCCUGAACUCUUUCCAUGAGUUCAGCUCCAAAGAAACCCAUUCAGAAUCCCUGAUUUCUGUGGGGCCUUCCCUCCUGGCUGCUCUCCACACCAUCAUCAGCCACAUCUCGCUGCCUUCACUCAUUGGCACCACGUUUGCCAUUUUUUCCAAGCCCUUGGCAGUGUUCUAUGAAAAAACCAAGCUCCCUGAGGUACCCAAAGUCUACAGCAACCUUAACAGCAAGCUUGAGAAGCUGCUGGCAGAGAUCCUGCAGUGCCUGCAGUGUCACUGCCCGGGCUCCUGUGACACUGAGCUCCUGCAGCAGCUCUGCCCCGUGCUCUGCGUGGGCUUCCAGCACAGGAACAAACAGAUCCGCCACCAGUGUGCCCAGCUCUGGAACUCCACCUUUGCCAAGACCUCCUCUCUGACUUACCCCGAGGAAUUAAAAUCUGUGUUAAGCCAAGCCAAAAAGAAAAUCCCUCUGCUGCUGCCUGGUUUUGAAAGCAUUGAGAUGUCUGAGGAGUGCAGUGGCCCCUUCUCUGACACGAUGGAGAAUUCCCAGCUGGAUGCAAAGAUCAGUGGAAUGGAGGUGAAGGUGGGACAGAAACGAGAUUCGAUAUUGGCACAGACGAGUGAACCAAAAAAUGAUGGCAAAGACAAGUCCAGCAACGUGCAAGCAACACCUGCAAAGUUGAAACUAGAAUUUUCAUCUCCUAAGACUACAAGUGAGACGCUUCUGGAAGAGGAGAAAUCUGUUGAUUUUGUGUUUAUUCCUCCCGAAACAAAACCAAGAAUAUUGACAGAACAUCAAAAAGAAGUGCUAAGGUCAAAGAGAGUUGAUAUUCCUGCCAUGUACAACAACUUGGAUGCAUCACAGGACACCACCUCAUUUUCCCAGUACACUCAGAGCCAGGAAGAUUCUUUGGAAGUACCACCUUCAGUAGAAAAUGCCAAAGAAGACACUGCAAACCAACCUCAGGAGGAAAACGCAGGGAGUGAAGGAUGUCAGUCAGAGGAGAGCCCAGCCUGCAACAACAAGGGGGAGUCCAAAAAUGAGACAGCUGAGAUGAUCCCAGAGGAAACAUCAGUUGGAGAGGGAUUGGAGACAAGUGCUAUGGAAGCAGCUUCCGAGGAGGCCUCAGCGGGGAAGGAGAGCACCUUAAAUGUCAGCAACAGCGAGGAGGAGUCCAAAAAUGAGACAGCUGAGAUGAUUCCAGAGGAAACAUCCAUUGGAGAGGGCCUAGACACAAGUUCUGAGGAAGCAGCUUCUCAGGAGGCCUCGGCAGGGAAGGAGAACACCUCAAAUGUCAGCAACAGCUCAGCUUCCAGCGACAUCAUCUCUGGCACCCCCCAGCCCGUGAGCCGGCGCCAGUCCUUCAUCACCCUGGAGAAAUUCGGGGCUGCAGAGAACAGGCCCUUCAGCCCAGCCCCACUGAACUCUGUGUUAGAGCUCUCUGGGAGUGCUGCUGGGGCACAGGAAAACACCAGUGGCAGCAAGGCCAGUGCUAAAGCAGAGAAAUCUGGAGAGGAAAAUAAAAACCCUCCAAAUCCCGAGGCUGACGCGGGGGUUACGGCGAUCCGCAGGGUGACGCGCCGGCAGAGCAGAAUGGAGCUGCAAGGGAACAAAUCCAAGCUCCUGAGCAGGUCAGAGGAGUCCCUGGCCUCUGACAGCCUGGAAAGCAGUGCUGAGCUGUGCUUUGCAGGGGAGGACGUGGAGCAUGUCCUCCUGAGCCAGUCCCAGGCUCUGCACUCCGCGGAAGCAGACAUCAAAAAAGCCGAGGAUACAAUCGCAGAAGUGGAAAAGGCCCAGGCACUGGACAUGGACUCGAAGGAGAACACCCCCCCAGACACCACCAGCUGCUCUGAGCAGGCCCCAGGGGAUGACAGCCAGGUGCCACAGGUGUCCCCUCACCAGAAGCAGCUCCGGCGUUCCUCCAGGAGACGCUCAGAGACUGUGGAGAGCUCCUCAGGGAGCCAGGAGAAGGAGGAUGGGCUCCCAAAGAGAGACAGGAGGAAAGAGGAGGAGAAGGCUGGGCAGAAGAAGCUGUCACAGGGUAAAGGUGAUGGAUCCCAAAAGCAGAAAGGAAUUCCUGGGAAAACAACAGAAAUCACAAAAGAGGGCAGCCAGCCUGAGAGAGUGGCAGAGGACUGGAGCUCCAAGGACUCUCCUGCUUCCCGGGGCCUGGAUGAGGAUGGGAGCAGAGGUGGCAGGAGGGCAGAGGAUUCCCCCACGGCUGAGGGGGAAGCUCAGGCCAGCCUCAGCACAGCAGGGCAGAAGGUGGUGGAGCGCCCACGGUACCACACCAGGAGAUCUUCCCAAGGUUUGCUCUCCAGCAUAGAAAACUCCGAGGCUGACAGCUCUGAGGCCAAGGAGGGCAGCACGAAGAAGAAAAAACACAUAAAAGUGAGGAGUAGAAGCAAUUCUCUUGAGGGUAAAGUGAAAGAGGGACAGCCAGGGAGCCAGAGCCUUGAGGUGUCUCCCCAAGGGAAUGAAACUAAGAAUUCACUGGAAGCAACUAAAGAUGAACCUGAGGUCAGCACAGGUGCUGCAGUGACAGCUGAACCAGGUGGCCUGGAAAUCCAGGUAAUUCCUGCAGCUGCUGGAAAAGCUGUAGGGUCUGGCAGCUCUGAGAGUCCCAGUGCUCUUCAGGACACCAGCCUGGAGCAAAACAAGGGUGAUGCUUCCAUGGAGUCACUGAGCAGCUCCUGUGUGUCUGACCAGGAUGGGAGAGCAGCAGAGGAAAACCAGCAGGAGGAGAAGCAAACCAGCACAGGGGACUGUGCACCAGCAGCAAAUGUUUCGGGUGCUGAGCCCUCCUCUCUGCAAAGCCCUGAGUGUCCAAGCAAGAGAAGCAAAAGGGUGAAAAAAAUCAAGAGCUGUGAUUGCUGCUUUAAAAAGCCAAAGCAGCAGGUGACUGAAUUCAAGUUCACGGAAUUAAAAAAGGAGAAAACUGAGCUGGAGGAGCCCCAGACCACCCCAGUUGAGACACCUGUGAAUGUUUCUGGUCACUCAGAUUUGGAGGAGAGCUUGGCCCUGGCUCCUUGUGCAAUGAGCACUCCAUUGCACCCUCCCAAGGAACCCAGCACCUUCAGCAUGGAAAGCCAGGGAAUUUCUGUGGAUAACCUGCAGGGCAGCAGUGUGGUGGUGGAGGAGAAUCCAGAGAAUGCAGAGGGUUCAGCAGGUGAAACCACCGACUCCAUAGAGGAAAUAAAGGAACCUGCUGAACUGAAGGAGGAAACAGAACAGGUUCUGCCUGAGAGUGCUCCAGGAGAGCCCAGGGAGAGCUGCCUGGACUCACGGGACCAAGGGGAAGAACCAGCAGCUGCAGAAAAGGAAGAAAUAAAUGAAAAUGGACAACUCGAAGAGGUGCCCCAGGAACUGAAUGCUGACAGCAAACCUGAGGAAAAAGAGAUGAAGCAGCUAGAGGGAAAUCAGGAGGAUAAAGGAGAAGCUGAGAACACUGCAGGAGAAACUUGUGGUGUUGCAGAUGAAGAGGUGAAGGAGGAACCGUUGGAAACUGAAAUAAAAGUGGCUGAAAACGUGGCCUUGGAAAAUAUGAGUGUGGAUUCCCCUCUGAAGGUGGAAGGGGACCCCUCAGUGCAGGUGACUGAAAGCCCCACCAGCCUCCAGGCUCGCUGCACGUGGUCCCCCUCAGCCUCCCCAUCCACCAGCAUUCUGAAGAGAGGGGUCAAAAGGAACCAGGAGGAUGACUCCCUGUCACCUGCUAAUAAGAUCCGCCGAGUCUCCUUUGCAAAUCCCAUUUUUCAGGAGGGCCUGGCAGAUGACAUCGACAGGAGGAGUCCUGUCAUCAGAUCCCAUUCCUCACCCUCUUCCAGAAGUCUUAAAACCCUCUCUAACAUGCAGCACAUUACCACUCCAACCAAAGGAUUUCUGUCCCCAGGAUCUCGUACCCUUAAAUUUAAGAGCUCAAAGAAGUGUUUAAUCACAGAAAUGGCCAAGGAAUCUCUGCCAUGCCCUUCGGAAUUUGUGUAUCCUGCCUUGGCUGGCUGCAAAGCUCCCGUGGAUGUCAUUUUACCUCAGAUCACAUCCAACAUCUGUGCCAGGGGCCUGGGGCAGCUCAUCCGAGCCAAGAACAUCAAGACCGUGGGAGACCUGAGCACUCUGACAGCUUUGGAAAUCAAAACUCUCCCCAUCCGCUCUCCCAAAGUCUCCAAUGUCAAAAGAGCUCUGAAAGGAUACCACGAGCAACAGGUGAAAUCUCGAGUGUUGGAGGAAAGCACAGUGCCUGAAGAUGCUGAAAAGCCUGGAAAUAAUGUGGAGGAGAAAUCUCUCUGUGGAGAUGAGGAAAAACUUGCAGCAGAUUUGGUUGACGCAGCCACCACCAACAGCAGCGAGCAGCCCCCGGCAGAUCUCCUGGGGCAGAUCCAGGCUCUGGCUGCUCAGCUGAGCUCCGAAGAUCUCCAUGGAUAUUCUGGCAGGCAGCUGUUUGAGAUGCAGGAGAAGCUGGCAGGGAUGGCCUCGUGCAUCCUGAGGAACCUGCAGUCCCGCUGGCAGUCCCCUCCCCACGAGGGCCCCGAGUAGCUGCUGCCCACAGCUCAGUAAGGAGGAGUUUGUUCCAACACUUUUCCCCCCACUUGUUUUCCUUACUGCUCAGUUACUCCUUAAAUUCUGCAUUUUGUGCUAUAGGAGAUUUUUUUAAACACCUCCAUAAAGUCUUUUUUUUUUUUUUUUUUCUUUUUGGUUGGUUGGUUGUUUUUUCUCUUUUGGAGAUUUUUUUUUUUUUUUUGGUUGGUUGUUUUUCCCCCCUGAUCUGUGGGACUGUUUCCUCCCUGGCAGAGGUGUUUGUAUUGGAUUGCUAUGCAUCUUUCUUUCAGGCAGUGAAAGAAAACCUGACAAAGCUGUGCAAUAGCAAAGACUGUGAAAACCAAACCAACAGAGUAAUUAAAUUAUUUUUUCAAAUCCAAAGUGUUCUUACUGCUGCAAACUCUUGCUGUGGGGUAAGAGCUGGAGCUGGCAGCUCUGCUCCCCUCCUGCCCCAGCUGCUUCCUUUGGAGCUGCUGAGACUUUGACAGCACACGUGAGGUAAGCUGGGCUUAAUUCCUUACAGCAGGAGCCUGGGAUUUGUACUGGAUCUAUUUUUCCAUGUAUUUUUGUACGACUCAGACUAAGGAGUUCUAAGCAAAUGUGCUUGUACAGGAGAAAGACUCUGCAAAGCCUCCCAGGCUUUGACCCAUGUCCUUUGCUGGCAGCAGUUCUCCUUGUGGAAAGACUUUUUUCCAUGAGGAAAUGGAUGGAUUGGACAAGAGCUCUUUGUAUAUUGUGUACAGACUCACAGCAGAUGUUGGGUAAUAAUUUAUGGAGUUCUAAUUGCAUGGACUGCAUUGCUGCUUCUUGGAGACCUUCAGCCAGAAUUCCCAGGUUUUCCUCUGGAAUUCUGAUCUGUAUAUAUUGUACUGUAGCUAUCCAGAUGGAUGUUUAUUGAAAUGAACUGCUGCAGGUGGUUUUAGAACUUUUACAUGGGCAAAUAAAAGAGCAAAUAGUUCCCAAA